UCUUAUUGUUCCCCAAUCUCUCUCUCCCUUUCUCAGAGAAAUACCCUGCGUGUCCUCUCUGAUUUCUCUUAUAUUCUUCUCAUCACAAAGCCACGAAUCAAUAAACAUUACUACAUUUUAGAUCGAGAAACGUCUCAGAUCUUGUCUCUUCAACAAGCAUUCUAUCUUGUAUGUUGUAGUUUUUGAGAUAUUAUUAUUCUCUCUACUUCUUCUUCUCCUUUGCUCGGAUCAUUCAGCCUGCAGGUGUUUAGUCAUGUGGAAGUUCAAGCCUUUCAUGGGGAAGGAACAAGUUGGGCUCGAGGGCCGCACUGUUGACAUUGGCAAUCUAAAGCUCAACAUCCGAAAUGUUAUUGCUGAAGGAGGAUUCUCUAGUGUUUACCUUGCACGUGACGUAAAUCAACCGUCGCAGCAGUAUGCGUUGAAACACAUUAUAUGCAAUGACCAAGAACUAGUCAAUCUGGUCGUGAAGGAAAUCUCGGUAAUGAAAUCACUCAAAGGGCACCCUAAUGUUGUAUCCCUUCAAGCUCAAACUAUUCUUGAUAUGGGGAGAACAAAAGAAGCAUUAAUUGUGAUGGAAUACUGCGAGAAAUCUCUGGUUAGUGUGCUGGAAAGUAGGGGUGCUGGUUUUUUUGACGAGAAAUCAGUUCUUAAAAUUUUCAGGGAUGUGUGCAAUGCAGUUUUUGCAAUGCACUGUCAAUCACCACCUAUAGCUCAUAGAGACUUGAAAGCUGAGAAUCUUCUAUUAGGGCAAGAUGGAGCUUGGAAGUUGUGUGACUUUGGUAGCACAUCGACUAAUCACAAACGCUUUGAACGACCUGAAGAGAUGGGCCUCGAAGAAGACAAUAUCAGGAAGCACACUACUCCUGCCUAUAGAGCUCCCGAGAUGUGGGAUCUGUUUCGGAAAGAACUUAUAAACGAGAAAGUUGACAUUUGGGCUCUUGGAUGUCUUCUCUUCCGAAUAUGCUACUUCAAAUCCACGUUUGACGGGGAAUCAAAGCUGCAAAUAUUAAAUGGAAACUACCGUAUUCCUGAGAUGCCGAAAUACAGUUCUUCGGUCACAGAUUUAAUCAAGGAAAUGCUCCAAUCUUCUCCAGAUGACAGACCCGACAUCACGCAGGUAUGGUUUCGUGUCAAUGAGCUUUUACCCGCAGAGAUUAAGAAGUCAUUACCGGAUAGGCCAGUUGACAUGCGGGGGCCAGACAUCGAUGUUGACGGCAUGUCCAAUUCUGCAAGGAGGUCUUCACCGUCACCGAUGCCUCAAAGGAGUCCUCCUCCGCCACCAUCAUCCAAAGAACCAGUUCAAACCUUGGGUGGCGGUGGGGCUCCGCUGGGUGCAUUCUGGUCUACUCAACACGCGAAAACUUCACCUGGUACAGAUAAAAGCAGCCCUAUAUUUGAUGAAGAACCUAACCGUGGCCACCCUGAGAUUAGCCCUCCAAAAGAUCUAAAUAUGCGAUCUCGUUCUGCCUGGAUUUCACAAGAGAGCUCCAUUAGGAAAUCAGUUGACAGCCCCUCAAAGGACUUCGAAAUAAAAUUUUACUCUGAUGAUGCUGACCGUGGUUCUGGGAAAACGGGAGUCUCCCAAACAGAUAAAGUAACUUCCCAGAACGAGACCUUUGAUACUUUUGUUGCUGAUUUCGAUACUGCUAAGCUCGACCCCGGAAGUAGUAACUCUGAAUCGACAAAAGAGCAAUCUUUGAAGGUGGAAGUGGAUAAGCUGAAGGAACAGUUGCAACAAUCUAACCUUGAGAAGGCUGAAAUAACUGCCAAAUACGAAAAAUUAUCUGCUAUUUGUCGUUCUCAGAGACAGGAGCUCCAAGAACUGAAACAAGCCCUUGCUGCUAGGACUCCGUCACCGAAUAGAGAUCCUUCAAAGUACCAAACUUCUCCAGCAAGCAAUCAAUCAGUCACUCCUCCGCAAAGAGAGAAGAAAGAAGGGACUAUAUGGGAACUUCAAGAAGGGAUGUUUGCUGAGAGUAGCCCCACAUUGGAUUCGCAGCCAUGGAAGCCAUUUACCAACGAGCCAAAACCCCAGACUCUCCUAAGUAAAAAUAAUAGCAAAUCAGUUCGAACCACAAAUGGCCAUCAAAACAAACCAGCAUCUUCUCCUGGCGCUAGUUCUUCUGCAACCGACUCAUGGGGUUUUGGCACAGAUAAUUUCACUGCAGUCCCCACUAGUUCUAAUAUAUCUAGAACUUCGCCCUCUGGUCAAGGGAAUAACUCGCAGCGCUUUGAGGAUUAUCCAAGGAAUAGUACCUCAGAGAACAAACAAGUUAGUCAACCUGCUGGAUGGGCUGGUUUCUAAUUUAGUCCGUUCUUUUUUUUACCAUAUAGCCAAGGUGAAUUUACUCCCUUUUAUUACCACCAUAAGAUCUUGAAUUGGUUGAGAAAAGUAACUAUUACCGAGGGAGUACACAAUCACAAAGAAUGAAAGUCUGUUUGGUUUUUGAAGGAAUUUCUUUGUGAUUGGAUGGUGCAUUUAUGUGUUUUUCGUUUUUGUCCUGACAACGAAAAAUGGAAAGAAAUAGAGAGGUCCGCAUGUAUUGUUUGGACCCUGAUAUAUAUCUCAGACAACAAAAUGUACUGUGUUAUCGCACUUCUACGGUGGAGUUGUUUUUGUUGUUGUUGGGUGUAAUUAUGAAUGUUUUCUGGCAGCUAUAAGCAUUUCUUUUGUUUUAAUUGUUGCUCAGUUUUCAGGUGUC